GGCGCAGAAAAAUUCCUUAUCGAUUAUCUUAUCUUAUCAAUCAUAACUUCAUCUUAGUGAAGAAGGUGGAAAGUGGGAAGUUAAACUCCGCGAUUGCGAAAACUAGAACGCGACGACGCAUGUGAAAAUUGUAUAAAUCCUAUCAAUUCUAUCAAUCGAGCUAGAUACAAAAAACAUAAAAGUUGAUUGUUAGUUGGUUGAUUUAUUUACAUCCAAACUAUAACAAUUCUGGUCUCACACAAAUCCAUAGGAUGAGUCUUCCGCAGUAUAAGAAGGACUUCCUGCGGGCUGCCGUCGAGGGCGGCGCCCUACGGUUCGGGUCUUUCGAAUUGAAAUCGAAGCGGACAUCGCCCUACUUCUUCAAUGCGGGCGACUUCUAUACUGGAGAGCUGCAUGAGCCCAUCAUGGAUGCAUAUGCCCAAACUAUUGCCACAAGCGAGCUGGCCGACGGCUUCGAUGUUAUCUUCGGCCCGGCUUAUAAGGGUAUCCCAUUAGCCGCCACCGUCUUCUACGCCUUGAUUAAGCUAGACCGCGCCAAGUACCGCCACGCCGCCUAUAGCUUCGAUCGCAAGGAAGCGAAGGAUCAUGGAGAGGGUGGCAGCAUCGUCGGAUCGCCAUUGAAAGACAAGCGCGUCCUCAUCAUUGACGACGUCGUGUCCGCCGGCACCGCCAAACGCCAGGCCAUCGACAUGAUCCGAGCCGCUGGUGGCACUGUUGUAGGCAUUAUUGUCGCUCUAGACCGUCAAGAAACCUUACCAGAAGGCGACGGUAAGACCAGUGCCAUCGGCCAGCUGAAGAAGGAGUAUCAGAUCCCUAUCAUCUCUAUCGUGAAGCUCGACGACAUCAUCGACGGUAUGAAGGGUGUUAUCUCGGAAGCUGACAUCAAGAGCAUCGAGGAGUACCGUACUAAGUACGGAGCCAGCGAUUGAUUGAUUAGUGUCACGAAGAGCGCGUUGCUCGAGUCAUCAUUAUCACCAUUAUCAUCAUCAUUAUCAUCAUCAUCAUCAUCAUUAAUUAAGGUGGCUAUUAUUAGACACGGGUAGGUUUCCGAUGAUCGAUGCAAGAUCGAGACGGACGGUUCAAAAAAAAAAAUAUCGUAGAUUAAAUUAAUC